AUGAUUUCAUGUUAUUGUGGCGUAUGCUGGAUCUGCUCUAACUUCCCUUUGUUUUGUGCAGUGGCUGGUGGGAGGGCAAUGACUGAAGCGACGAGGAGAAGGCUCGAGUCGCAGGUGAUAAAGUUAAGACAGCAAGAGAUCACAUUUGAUGCAAUCCAUGCUUGA